GAGAAGUAGUCUUUCCUGGCAUGAUGGUUAAUGUACUGAAUCUUGCAGCUUGUGUGCUGUUGUUGUGUGGCCUGAAACUGGGUAAGUCGAUCUCAAUUUUAAAAUCGUAUGCACCAUGCACUUCAAUUAAUGUUUAUACGGCAAACACAUGCAUUGUUUACAUAGCACGCACAUCUAAUCUUUAUAAAAGUCAAAGGUCAAUAUUACAAUUUUAAAAUAUCUUAAACUAUAACAGUUCUUUAGGUUUUACGAAAAUUAUAUGGUGAUGCCAUCAGAUAUAUUAUUCUAUAUAUACACAUAUAUAGAUAUAUAUAUUGACAUUCACAUAAAAUGGUUCGGGAAAAUGGAGUGGGGGAACCAAAUGAAGCUAUGGAAAUAGAAAUGUCAAAGUUCAGAGCAAUUAGUGCACCAAUUUAUCUUUGAAAUUUAAUUCAUGUUUGUGCUUAAAACGAAAGUAGGCCUACUAAAUAAGUUACGCUAAAGUACAGCGCAACAGUCGAGAGCCUGAUCAGGUGACGUGGACAUUCAUACUUCCUCAUGGAGCACUGAUUAAAUAGAUUCACCGAGAAAUAAAUUUAAUUUUAACAAUACAAAAAAAUGCUUUCAAAAAAAUUAAUUGAGAAAAAAAAAAAAUAACGGAGGAUAAAGCUCACCCAAAAAUUGUUUAGAUCUAAUAUCAGCAGGAUCAUAGUGAACCCUUCCUUAAAAAUAAGGAACGAAUGACAGUCGGAGUCGAUGAAGACUAUUCUCAGAGACAUUGUUGAAAUCGAUAGUUUCGUAGUUGGAUUUCUACCUUUUCAGUUGUAAAGUAUUAUUCUGCAUUCUAAAUGUCUUGUAAGUUGUGCUUACACCGGUGCCUGGUAUUUUUUUGUACUCUCCUGGGUGGCAUCUAAGCUCAGAUCCUAUAAAACUCUUAGCUUAUUGUCAUUUUAUCAGUUGGUGAAUGCGUAGCUUAAUUAUUAUACUUCAGCAACUCGAAUCUACUGUGUGUCAUCCAUUUCAUUUCUCACUCCUGUUUUCUGCUAAAUCAUUGAAGUGGUCGUUUAUUUUUCUGGCAAGUUUAACAUGAGAUAAACUUUUUUUUCUUCUAAAAUUUAAACUUUCAGGAUAUGAUGCUGACGCUCAGGCACUUGAAGUAGAUGUCUCCGAAGGGCGUGGGGGCCAUGGGAAUCCAUUUAGUUACGGGUCACCUGCUGGGCCUUUGACUGCUCGAGGACGCGGGAGAUCUGGACUGCAACGGGUUGGUGGGAGUCCUGGAAGCAAUGGACCGCCCGGGACACCUGGGCAAAAUGGCUCGCCCGGUGCAGAUUAUCAAGUUGAAGCCGUCGCGGCUGCCGGGGCGCCCGGGCUUGCCGGGGAAGACGGUGCACCCGGCCAACCCGGGUUACCUGGUCAUGCUGGUGGAACUGGAGCCGCUGGAGGCGCCGGGGUUAAAGGCGGUCCUGGAGGUCCAGGUGGGCCUGGGGGUAAUGGGGGGCCUGGGACAAACGGUGGACAGGGAGGUGCUGGUGGCGCUGGCGGUGUUGGGGGUGCUGGUGGAGC